GCUCGUGGGCUUUUUUUAAACGCGGAGAAGAAAGAAACUGAGUGAGGGAAAAUACGGUGAAGAGGAUUCACUGACAAAGACUCAGGAGAGAAAAAGGGGCCAGGACAAAAAGGAAUACCGAGAGGAGGAGGGAAAAAAAAGCGCAAAACAGCAGCAACACCAAGGAGUUUGUUUGCGGCCGUCGGACGCUCGAGCUCUCUGGUCUGGUCUUUUUUUUUUUGCUGCACACGCCUUGUUCUUUAUUUGGAGAAGCGAAAGAAGGAACCGAAAAGCAUCGGCCAUCAUCCGACCAAGCUCCGGGCGAGGUCACAGGCGAGCAAGCUGGCGGCCUAGUAAUCAGCCCGUCAAUUGAAACGAGGGCGGAUCCGGAUAUUGACGGACUGGGAUGGCCGCGGCGGACAUGGACAUGGGCCGCGACAAGAGCUGAGGGGUUUCCCAUGCAUCAAACAUCCUUGUUGACGACCAACAGGCCGCGUCCCAGAGCCGGGCCUGCGCUCGACAGUUACAUAACCUAUCCUUCCCCCCGAGCCACGGGCUGACGGCACCCUCACUGCCACCUCCGCCCCGUGCCUUUGAUCUCUCCGACGCCAGUCUGCCUACAAUAGACAUAGACCACAGCCCCGACGAUCCAAGCCCAGAACACAGUCUCUGCCACCCUCCCACACCCAAUGCUUUGGACGCUAAAGCUGUGCUGAGCACACGCCUCACCGCCAGCCAGCCAGCCGGAGUGGGCGGGUGCAUCCACACUAGCCAUAACAUCAACAGCCUACACACCCACCCAUCCUGUCAUCUUGACGGACCACCUCGAUCCCUCCGAAUCCGCCGCUGCUGGAGAAGGGGCUGCGCCUGGCCUUGGCCUGCCCGAGUCGUCGCCCAUCCACCCUUCUCAUCACCACAACUAUUUCCUUCUUGAACAGCGUCUGCGAACGACAACGAGACCUCGGCGCGCUCUUUUCUUGCUCGGGGCGAAGGUGGUGCAAGGGGCUCCUUGGGGAGCGGGAAUUAUAGGUCGGCCGUCCACCAACCCAUCUUUACAGCCCAGACGAUGGGCAGCUCCGGCAUGACGUCGAGCCCGAGCCUGUGGAUCGGAGCCGAAAGAGGAGGCAAGGCGGCAUCGGAGAGCAGCAGCCACAACAAAAUCACCAAGGGGAGGAGGAUGGUGGUGAAGCCCAUAUUGAAGAAGCUUUCUUCCAGCUCGGAAAAGAACUCGCUCGAUCUGGACCGCGUCUGGGAGGAGCAGCAGCACUGGACCGAGACCGGGUCCAGCGCGACCUCGCCCGCGGGAGGCGUCGGCCGGUCGUCGCGCGACGUGACUUUUCUGUCCAGCAGCCUAGCAGAGCUCAGCAGCAGCAGCAGCAGCAGCGCGGGCGGCGGCGGCGGUAGCAGUCCGGGCGUGGCGGCAGUGGGCGCAUGCGGCGGCGCGGGCGCAGACGGCGGAAUGACGCGACCUAGCUUCCAGCACGCGCGCUCGACGUCGGGCGCGUCGCACGCCUCGGCCGGCACGGCGGGCAGCGGGGCGCGCUCGAGCUCGUUCGUGCACCCGUUCCAGCAGACGCCGCGGACGGCGACGCCACCGCUGUCGUUUGACGCGCCGAACGCGCUCUUGGGAGGUGGCGGCAGCGGCGCGCGCGACUACUCGCCCACCAUCACGGAAAACGAGGACGACGACAUGGCCGACGCCUAUUCGCUCUCGCUGCGCCGCCCGCCGUCGGUUUCACACCUCGCCCACUCUCGCUCGCCGUCCACGUCUGCCGCUGCCGGCUCAAGCCCAUACCCCCACCCUCCACACUCGCUCUCGCAGUCUAGCCUGUGCCGACCGUCGCUAGCGUCGCAUCGAACCUCGUCCCUCUCCGACGUCAACAGCCCUGCCGCCUCUGCAGCAGCGUCGACACAGCCGACGUCUGUUGGCGGUGGCGGCAGCGGCAGCAGCAGUAGCAGCAGGCGCAUGAACUCGAACCUAUCUGCAGGGGCUGCGUCAGCGUCGAGGCUUGUUCACGGCGGUAGCAUGUUAAGCUCGAGCAAGUCACAGUCUGACCUCCACCUCAACCUCACCAUCAACACAGCCGCGGCGUCAUGCAUAACCACCGACGGCGCAAACUCACUCUCGUCCAGGCCCCACUUCCAGCACACGCCCUACAGCCCCGGCGGCCGCUCAAACAGCAUACAAAGUUCGUCGGUCACCAACGCCGCCCCAGCCUCGGCCUCGUCCUUCGGCCUCACCUCCCCGACCUCGUCCUUCUCCGCCACGCCCAUGUCCCCGCUGCGAACGUCGCUCGAGAUGGUGGCGGGCAGCCUCGCCCCGCGCCUGCGCUCGCUCUCGGAGCAGCCCGACCGCGCAAAGUCGGUCGUCAACCCGGCCGAGCACGCGCGCAUGAUGCACGAGCGCCGCGCAAAGUUUGACGAGAAGGAGCGCCUCAAGACCGAGAAGCUCGCCAGGAAGCGCGGCCGCAAGGAGGCCGAAAAGAGGCUGCAGCAGCGGCACUCCGCCGCCGCCGCAGCCCGCUCCUUUGGCUCCACCAGCAGCACCGACUACCUCCCCCGCCCAUCCACCGCCGCGUCCACGUCGCACUACAGCAGCGCCGGCGCCGGCAGCGGUAGCGGGAGCGACUGGCGCCGCACCUACGGCCCCGGCUCGUUUAUGCCGGCGGGCCACGCUGCGCCGGGCGAGCAGCAUCAGCAGCAGCAGCACAACGAGAAAGCCGACUUCCCCGGCGCGCCGGGCGACGGCCGCCCGCAGCCGCGCCGCCGGACCAGCUCGUCGGCGAAGCGCAAGACGCACGGCUGCUGGACCAGCGUCAUCCUCUGGAUCCGCACCAAGCUCUUCAAGUUGUCCCGGGCAGACUAGAGCUCCGACCUCGGACGGUGGGAGGCGACGGCCAACUCUCGCUGGGCUUGACCCUCCGCCACCCCCUCCUUAUCCCCUUAUCCCUCCUCACUACGGCUUAUAUAAAAAAGUUGUUCAACAAGCUACUGCCACAGGCCCCCAGUCGACCCUGGCGCCUUGGUGUGGAAUCAUGGCUUCCUCUUUGGUGAAUUUCGAUACCCAGACUCGGAAAAAAGAGUGCUCUCUGUCCGACGGCGCUCUUGUUAUUGCGGCAACUUCUGUUUAUCACCAGCGCCUCAUUUAUCCUUUUUUUUUCUCUUUCUCUUCGCUCUACAUAUAAGGGCCCAAAAAAAGGGCGACAGUCAUGAUUUUGGACAGUCACUAGGAAACAAGCGACAAAACACGCACUCACACACUCGCAUCGGCGCACGGGCGGACUGGUUUACACGACACUUUUUGCUUUUGAGCGUCGGAACGUAUUUAUGACCUUCUCUUGUUUCUCUUUGACCCUGUUGUCACAUACAGCGGGGACCCCUACCUCUGCCAAUCAGCAUUUGUUCACUGUCGAGCCGGCAUGAAGCCUGUCCAACCACAUACUGGGCUGAGAUGGAGGCAGACAGCGUUUUUUUCGGCGUUUUUUUCUUCUUCUUUUCUUUCGUUUUAUCCCACGGGAAGUUGGACAAAGGUUCCCCGUCCUCCACGGCGUUCCCCUGAGCGGUAUCUAUGCCUUGGAUUUGGUGCUUUUCUUUUUGCUCCCCACACACAGCACGCAAAACGAAACGAGCUUCUUGCUGGGUAUGCGUCGUUAUUCACGUCCAUAUUUGCCCAACAUUUUGUUUCAAUCCAAGGAGACUCCGCGCACGGCCUGGGCCCCAUUUUGCGUAUUAGCAAGGAAAACCCAGCCGUGGCGGACGUCAGAUGAGAUCUAGAUAGCUGACAUCCCGUGAGCGACUCAGCCCACGGGUUCAUCUGAUAUACUUGCUCCUGUUACCUUCGGCGGCCCCGAACUCAUUCGGGGCAUCUCCCA